UUGUCAAGAUGAUUUCAUGACACAUCAAAAAUGCCAUUAUAGAUCUAUAUAUUCUGUAAAUUAAGAUGUAUAGAAGAUUUACAUUUAAGGAGUAGAUGAUACAAGGACCUACAGCCUUCGUCACCGCAUCCUAAGGGUACAAUUUGUUCACAGAAAUUAUCUUGCAUACAUUUUACGUUGAUAGAUGCAUGUAUGUUUAUGUGUUUAAGCCACUGGAACUAUAUGGUCUAAUAAAAAGACCUGUAAACAUCUUAAAUCUAUUUCAAGGACACUAUACUCAUCGGGCUUUACAACGAAAUCUGACUUGUGUGUAUGGUAUACUGACCUUUGGACGCAGUUCUAAAGAACAUAGCAGGUCCAAAAGCUCUGAAGCAUACCCACGUAGCUAUUUCUUCAAUGUUCUCUGAAUUCAUCGAUCACUUUUAUGUGAUGGAAACGUUUACUGUUUGUGACUCUUUUAUUUCACUCAUCGUAUAUACUCAUACGGGUAACAAACAGAUUUUAAUGAAUUUGCACCAAUAUGUGCUUUAUGUGAAUGGAAUUUUUUAAAUAAAUAUCUGCAUGUAAUUAGACUCAAAAAUAUAUCACUUGAGGCUCCUUUUUAUUUUUAUUUAUAUAUAUUUUUUUGUAUUCCUAUUACAGGUUAAAAAUAGCAUACAUUUGUGCAUUCAUUUUUCGAUUCACACGAUAUUAACUUCAACAACCAUUACAAGCAUUAAUAUAAACCUCCACGUUGUUUUUAUCCUUUUCCAGGCAUUAGCCCUAUUGACCUCAAAUUCCAACCGAACCCACAUGUCACGUCCUGUGUAGGAGUGCACCUUACCGAAACAUGUGGGCUACAGGAAAGGAAUUCUUUUUGCUGCGCAUUGCGUGGCCCAUGAUGCCGAAGGUAUUGUUGGCAUUUAUGAAUAGACGGAGUGCCGACUGAGGGUGUUGGGGCCGGACGCACAUCCUGUGAUGCUCAGGCGGAUUCAGACGAGGCCCCGGGAGCAGGCAGAGGCUCACCAACUGGCGCUGAAAGACCUGGGGAUUGCCACGAGCACGGAUGGCCUGCGGAUCUUUCUGGACAGCCCCUUGCGCCUGAGCAGUGGGAUCUGGGCCUUCGACAGCGAUAUCGUUUUCAUGUCCCGGGCUCUCAGUGAACUGUCCAAUCGUAAGCUGAGCGGAAAAACCCUUAACAGGAAUGCGUUUGUAGGGGAGCGUGGUUACCAUGGGAUGCCGAGAGGUCUGGAUAACACGGCGGCAACAUUUGGUGGACUCAUUUCCUACCAGCGUGUGAGCGGGAAAUCUAUUUCAGCCCGAUCCCCUUCUUCACAGAGCUAUACCUUCUGAUGAACAUAGGUAUCACAUUGAACACUUUAGAGAUUGUUUGUGGUGUGCGGAAACUCAAGAAGGAGCUUUCAGUUUUUAAUGAGCAGUUCUCCGCAUACGAGACUAUAGUUAUAAAGGCACAGUAAGCAUUUUUAGUUUGGAAUUCAAGGGAGAUUAGGUCACUUAUGAUCUUUAUGCAUGAUCUAUGCCGCAACCUUAUCAUAUCGUGCAAUGCAUUUGAGUAUAUUAUCUGCUGCAGAACGGUACACAAUGGGAUUUGAUUACUGCUUCUAUGGAAAGCGGUUGCACAUUUGUAAAGUUUAUUUAAAAAUGUGGGGCAAUACUAAAUAUAGCAUGAAAGUUUAACUAUAAAGUAAUGUGGACUAUUUUCCUUUAUUUCAUCAGUAUAUAUUCUUUAAAGGAAACAUGGAAUCAUUAAUUGAGGAAAAUAGAAUGUCAUAUCGAUAUAUAACUUUUUUGUGUUUAUUUAGUGGAAUCUAAUAUUUUACCUUUUUAAAAAAAAUUUACUCACUUUUAGAAGUAGUAAUGAUAACCUGCAAUGCUAAA